CCUGCCUCCGAAACGGCAACAAAAAAAAAAAAAAAAAAAAAAAACCCCCUCAAAUUCGAAGAAUCUCUGCUCUUUUCGGCGUUUUCUUUUUUAAUCAAAUCCAUUACCGUGAUCUGUUUUCUAUCGUCCUAAGGAUCACUUUGUACAGUUCUUCCACCAGAAAAGAAAACAAAAAAGAAGAAGAAAAGAUUUCUCGAUGGGGAGCUCUAGUGUCCCAGAUGAAAGUGAACAAUAUGUAGAUGAUGCCAGGUUCCGAAUACCGUUCGAUCUUUUUGUGUCAAAGAAACAAAAGAAUGGAAUACUGGGCAGCGGAAGCUGCAUCAGAUUCAACGAUUCUUGUGGAAAUUUAGUAUUCAAAGUCGAACGUCCCCCACCACCAAACAGCCGCGACCAGAAGUCAGCUGCAACUUUUCAUCAGAACCCUCCAAUUAAACUCAUUUUUAAUGCUUCCGGGAAUACUCUUUUUUGCAUUCGUAAAUUAACUGAUGGAUCUUGGCAAGGCUUUAGGGUAACUGAUUCCAGGGAGGAAUUGAUGUUCAGAGUGCAAAAGACUGUGGAUAAACUCACUAGAACUGAGUUUGAGAUAUUUCUUAUUGGUGAAGAAAGUGAAGACUCGAAAACUGAUUUCAAGAUGAGAGGUUCUCCAUUCAAGAGAUCCUGCACUAUCUAUAAAGGCAAUUCCAUAAUGGCCGAGACCAGUUUAAUGUACAAGAUGGGGAUACAGAAGGCUUUUGUUCCAAGGAGUAGAUUUCGAGUAACCAUAUUCCCUGGACAUAUUGAUCUUGCUCUGGUUGUUUCUCUGGUGGUUAUAUUUUUUGAUGGACGGAAACUCUGGAUAUAGAUUAUCAACAUUGUACAAAAUAAGUUGCCACUCAUUACAUUACAUUCUCCAUUGUUUUGAUUACAGAAGUGGAAAUACUCCAAGGUCAUUCCACGGAGACUCUACUUUUCUUUCCGGUAUGCUACUCCAAGGUCGAUCACACGCACUUUUUUA